UAUCCUCUGCUAUUUAAAAAAAAAAACCGAAUUAAAAAAGGAAAACAAAGGGGCGAUACUUACAUGUAUCUAGAAAAUUUUAUAUACAGCACAGGAAAGGGGAAGAGAGAAGAGGAAGAAGAAACUAAGAAUCACGGCGCGAGGCCUAUUGUUCAGGUUAGUGAGUUGGAACUUAUCAAUAAGCUGUUAAAUACACAGUUGAGGCAGAGUUUAAAGCUAGUGCAUGCAUAGUUUCCUUUAAAGUGCACACUUGCUGUAGUUGCAAUGAACAUGGAAUGGACUGAAUCAAGGCGUGAAAGAAGUACUGAAAUGAGGGAUCAGGAUGACUCUCCAGUGAGAGGAAGGUGGAAAGGAGGAUACGAUGAUUUAGAAGAAGAUGACAUAGAGAAAUCAAGAGAGUCAGGCAAACAUCGGAGCAAGGAUAGGAGUAAGAGUAGUCGAAGAGAAGAGAAGGAUCAUAGAAGUAAAGACCGAGAGCGGUCGAAGACUAACGAUAUUCCAAAAGAUAGAGAGAAAGAGACUAAAGAUAUGGAAAAAGAUCGAUUAUACAGUAGAGACAAGAGGAAGGAUGAUAGAGAAGAUCGUGAAAAGGAUAGGGUGGGAGACAAGGUGAGGGAGAAAGAAUAUGAUUUUGACAAGUACAGAGAUAAAGAGGGUGAAAGAGUAAAAGAUCGUAGAGAUCGAGGGAAGGAAAAAGAUCAUGAGAGGGAUAGAGAGACAGAUAAGGAUAGUGAGCGAGGACGUGACAAGGAAAGGGGAAAAGAGAAGAGUAAGGGUAGGGAUAAAGAAAGAGAAAAGGAAAAAGACAGGUCAAAGGACAGAGAAAGGGAGAAGGAGAGAGAAAAACAUAAAGACAGAGAGAAGGAAAAGGCAAAUGAUAAGGAUAGAGACAGAGAUGCACUUGAGAGAGAGAAGGGAAAAGAGAGAAUUAGAGAGAAGGAUAGGAAGGCAGAUCAGGAUAAAGAGAAAGCAAGAGAAAGAGAUAAAGUGAGUCAAAAACACCAGGAUGAGGGUCAUGAUAGGAUCAAGGAUUUGGGGAAGGACAAUAAGGGGAUGUUGGUUGAUGGAGGAAGUCAUGAUAGGGAAGUAAUGAAGCACGGGAAGGUUUAUCGAAAUGACGAUGCUGAUUUUAGGACCAUCAGGCAUGAACCAGAUACUGAGGUUGAGUCAGGUGGAUCACACAAAUCAGCAUUUGAGCUCAAGGAUCGCAUUUCAAAGAUGAAGGAAGAAAGACUAAAGAAAAAACCUGAUGCCGUUUCUUCUGAUGGCGUUUCUGAGGUUCUAUCAUGGGUUAGUAAGAGCCGGAAGCUUGAGGAGAAAAAGAAAUCUGAAAAGGAGAAAGCCAUGCAGCUUUCAAAGAUCUUCGAGGAGCAGGACAAUAUCAAUCAAGGAGAAACUGAAGACGAGGCGGCAGCCCAGCAUACUUUUCAAGACCUAGCUGGGGUUAAAGUACUUCAUGGGCUUGAUAAAGUAGUCGAAGGUGGAGCAGUUGUUUUGACACUAAAAGAUCAGAGCAUUCUAGCCGAUGGUGACAUCAACGAAGAGGUUGAUAUGCUUGAAAACGUGGAAAUUGGAGAGCAAAAGCGUAGAAAUGAGGCUUAUAGGGCUGCAAAGAAGAAAACAGGAAUUUAUGACGACAAGUUUAAUGACGAGCCUGGUUCGGAAAAGAAACUACUUCCACAAUAUGAUGAUCCGGUUGUGGAUGAGGGAGUAACUCUGGAUUCGAGUGGUCGUUUUACUGGCGAAGCAGAGAAGAAACUGGAGGAGCUCCGACGAAGGAUACAGGGUGUUCCCACAAACAAUCAAUUUGAAGAUCUGAACUCAACUGGGAAGAUUUCAUCAGACUACUAUACUCAUGAAGAAAUGGUUCAGUUUAAAAAGCCCAAGAAGAAGAAAUCAUUGAGGAAAAAAGAGAAACUGGAUAUAAAUGCCCUUGAAUCAGAAGCUGUCUCUGCUGGGUUGGGUGUUGGCGAUCUCGGUUCUCGAAAUGAUGGGAAGAGGCAGGCCCUUAAAGAGGAACAAGAGAGAUCUGAGGCUGAGAUGAGAAGUAAUGCAUACAGAUCAGCAUAUAUUAAAGCUGAUGAGGCAUCUAAAUCACUCCGAUUGGAGCAAACUCUUACCAUUCAAGAUGAGGGAGAUGAUAAUCAAGUUUUUGGUGAUGAUGAUGAGGAUCUCCGUAAGUCAUUAGAAAGAGCAAGGAAAUUAGCUUUUGAAAGGCAGAAUGAGGUAACGACAUCUGGUCCUCAGGCACUUGCCCUCCUUGGUUCUUCCACCGGCAGCAAUCCAACUGCAGAUAAUGAAAACCCCACAUCUGGUGAGACACAAGAAAACAAAGUUGUCUUCACCGAGAUGGAAGAGUUUGUGUGGGGUCUUCAGCUUGAUGAAGAAUCCCAUAAGCCUGAUAGUGAAGAUGUUUUCAUGGAGGAAGAUGUAGCACCAAAAGCUUCUGAUCAAGAAACAGAAGAUGGGGAUGGUGGUUGGACAGAGGUAAAAGAUGCUGAGAAAGAUGAAACCCCUUUGAAUGAGGAGAAAGAGGAGAUAGUUCCAGAUGAAAUAACCCAUGAAGUUGCUGUUGGGAAGGGACUUUCAGGUGCACUCAAGCUGCUUAAAGACCGAGGAACACUUAAAGAAACUGUUGAAUGGGGUGGCAGAAACAUGGACAAGAAAAAAAGCAAGCUUGUUGGCAUUUAUGAAAAUGAUGGAUCAAAGAAAAUACAUAUUGAGAGGACAGAUGAGUAUGGACGGAUUUUGACUCCAAAGGAAGCCUUCCGGUUGCUUUCGCACAAAUUCCAUGGGAAGGGACCUGGAAAAAUGAAACAAGAAAAGCGCAUGCGGGAAUACCAGGAGGAGCUGAAGGUAAAGCAAAUGAAGAAUGCUGAUACACCGUCGUUGUCAGUGGAGAGGAUGAUAGAAGCUCAAGCAAGAUUAAAGGCGCCCUAUCUUGUACUCAGUGGGCAUGUUAAACCAGGGCAAACUAGUGAUCCUAGAAGUGGUUUUGCUACUGUUGAGAAGGACUUCCCUGGGGGUUUAACACCCAUGCUUGGAGAUAGAAAGGUUGAGCACUUCUUGGGGAUAAAGCGCAAGGCUGAGCCCGGAGACAUGGCACCACCAAAGAAGCCCAAAACAUGAAGUUUCCUAUGGAAUGUUCUUGCGAAGAAUUUUUUUGAGGAAUUCUAAAUUACGAGGAAAUGCGGGCGAAUACUUGUUAUUGUAUGUUUUUUUUUUUUUUUUCCUUGUGGUUUUGGUUACAGCAAAUCACGGAUCUGUGUACCUCGCGGGCACUGUUAAUCUGUUUGGUAACAGUGCAAGUGCAUUUUGUAAGAGAAUGAGCUAUUGCCAAAUUUUACUGGGAUAAUAAACGCCCAGUUUUUAUAUAGCAAUGCAUUUCUACUCUCUCCCUCCAAGCUUGAGGAGGGGUUGUGAAGAAAGAACGAAAAUAUUUGUUUUGUACGACUA